AUGUACGAUAUCACGGCCAUUUGGGUUAUUUUACGUUAACAGAAUAUUUUUGUAAUGAAGCGUGAAGUUGCCGUAUUGUAUUUUGCGGAAGCUAGCAGCUGCUCUUCAUAGGCCACCCGCUUCCCGGCCACGUUUUAUUCAUCGAGUUGUUUAAGGCGAACAUAAAUGAGCGCUUCUGUUUCACGAUAUACAGUUCAAUGUGUUGUUUUGUAUGGACAUUCAAUCGUGGUUCAAAAGUGGUUAUAAACCUAAAUCUCCCGGUUGAACCGUUGUAACCUCCGGAAGGAGUAGCACUGUAACUAGCUAGCUAACAUAGCAUAUUGGCUAACUACACACCAAAAUGUCACCGCAGUUCGUUUGUAGUUUCUGAUAUCUGAUCCUCUUAUGCUAGCUAGUAUGUUUGUAAAAACUUCCCAAAUAUGUGUGCUAAUUACAUAGUGUCAUUAUCGUAAAAUUGAAAUGUAUUCAAUGUAAAGACGUUUAGCCAAUCAAGUAUUGCGAUAAUUCUGUGAUUAUUGGCUAGUUAGCUAGCUAUGUUGCUAGCUUGACGGCUUCCGAGCCCAUUGUUGGUCAGCGCAGGAGAUCGCUAGCUAGCUAGCUUACGUUGCAGAACACGAGGAAUUUCUUUGGCACGAUUUACAAAUAAAAAACACAUAACCCAGUACGUAUAUAGUGAGGUCUCUAAUAUAUCACUGUAUAAAACGAUGGACCAAUUACUGGUUAGCUAACGAGCUUGGAUGAACAUUUUCAUGAAGAUUGCAGUUUCUAGGCCGAAGUCGAAGAUCUUCCGCUUAGCACACAAACCACCAUUUCGCUUUCGCGACUUCUGUGUAGCCGUUUCCCCUAGCUUGCUGAAAUCGGUUUGUCUACAGUCACUUUUAUCUUCGUUAUUGACGACAUUUAGGUAUUGCGAUUCAACUUGCAAUCUAGGUAACUUAACGUAGUAAAACACUGUUGUGUAUGUCCUGCACAACAACAGAGUGGGCCUUUAUAGUCUAUGAAAUUGGGCCCACCGAACUGUCCAGACCAAACGUCGAGACCCAACGUCAGGUUGUCCCAGUUGCGCUAUCGCGAUUAUAAACACAUUUGUAGAGACCAUCUCCAUAUUGACGUUAGCUAGUUUUUUGCUGUGGUAUCGGGAGUAACGUUAUUUUACCAGUAAGCGAAUGUUGAUAGGCUACAAUGUUAAAUCUCAAAGGCAGUUAAGUUGUGUAGUAUGCUUUCAUAUAGAACCUACUUCAUUAUUGGGUCACCAAAAGUUUACUGCAGUUUUUUUUCCAGUGGGCCUGGCAUGAAUUUUCACAUUUACUUUGAUUUAAUAAGACGAACGCUAAAACGACUCAUUGAAAUUAAUCUGGGUUAUUUUCAUUUACCAGCGAUCAUUCAAAUCUGUAAUUCUGGAAGAUCGUGCCGGGCGUUUCCAGUUUGAAUUUGCAGUGUACGCUGAUCCAGGCGCGAUGGACAAGAGCAACACGGUGAAGCUCUUUGUGGGGAACCUGGCGCAGGACACGUCGCAGGAGGAGCUGACGGCCAUCUUCGAGCCGUACGGCGGGGUGGUGAGCUGCAGCGUGCUGAGGCAGUUCGCCUUCGUGCACCUGCAGGGCGAGGGCGCCGCGGCCCGCGCCAUCCGGGAGCUGAACGGGCGCGAGUUCCGCGGCAGGAACCUGGUGGUGGAGGAGUCCCGCGGCCGGCCGCUGCACUCCACCAAGGUGUUCGUGGGCAACCUCAGCGCCAUGUGCACCGCCGAGGACCUGCAGGAGCUCUUCCAGACCUUCGGCAAAGUUCUGGAGUGCGACAAGGUCAAAGCCAGGCUCUCGUCAGCCGCAGGCUACGCCUUCGUGCACAUGGAGAACAAGGAGGACGCCCUGCAGGCCAUCGAGGCUCUCCACGGCACCUCCUUCAAGGGCCGGCCGCUCUCCGUGGAGCUGUCCAAGGUGCAGCCCAGCAAGCAGUCCUCCAGCAAGAGCUCGUGCGGCACGUGUGGGAAGCAGGGCCACCACUCGGGGGAGUGCCCGCGCAGCAAGCCCACGCUGGAGCAGUACCAGAGCCAGGCGGCCGUGCUAGCGGCGGCGGCGGCGGCGGCCGCAGGGCUCCCCCUGCAGGUGCAGCAGAGCGUGCACAACUCCGUCUACAACACCUCCACCUUCGACCCCACCUACGCCGCCCUGACGGGCCUCAGCGCCGCCAACGGGGGCGAGGGCACGCCGGUGAGCCCGGCCGUGUACGGGGCGCUGGCCAGCCAAGUGUACGGCACGGUGGCCAACCAGCUGUACGGCACCGUGGCCAAUCAGGCGCUGUCGUCAGGCGCUACGCAGGUGUACAGCUCGCUGACCGGCCCUGUGUACAACACCCCGGUGUACGCCCCCGCGGUGGCCAGUCCCGUGUACCUGAGCACCCCGGGACAGGCAGCUGCCACCGUGGCCAACCCAGUGACCAGCGUGGCCCCGGCCCUGCACGUGGCCAGCCCGGCCUACGGGACUGACCCCACGGCCCAGGCCAUUUUCGAGGCGGCGCGGGCGCACUACUUUGCGCAGGGCCAGCGCGUCCUGGCGGAGCAGAAGGCGGUGACCAAGAACGAACGAGACCGCAGCCCUCUCCGACGGUCAGGCCCCCUCCUGCCCGACCCCAUCCCCAAACCCCUGCUCCCGCAGCGGCCCAAACGCAGGGCCCUCCUCCCCACCCCGCCCCCCCGGGCCGACGAGACCCCCGCAGUAGAGGAAGACCCCACAGCAAGGUGCUAUGCUGAAUACUACCAGCAGUGCCAGCAGUACCAGCAGUACCAACAGUAUCAGCAGUAUCAGCAGUACCAGCAAUACCAGUAUGCCUACCCAGGUGCCCCCGCCAUGCCUGCAGUGACUGCCCACUCCGUGGAGGCCCUGCCCACAGCAUAUGAACCACCUCUCCCACCUUAGCCCAAAAAGUACCCCACCCCCACCCUCAACCCCCAACCCCCUCGUCCACCGUCCCCACCCCCUCCCCCCCCCUCUCCCGCUCCAAUUCUCACCCCCUCUGCAGGUGCGGACCUGAGGGACAGUGGGUGAUGUCUGUUUUUGGGGGUGUGUGUGGGGGGGGGGGGGGGGAAUCUCUGUAGAUUGCGCCCCAGACUCGGUCCACAGUCGACUCACAGUACGGUGCAGCCAGAACGAUCUGCUACAGAAGAGACAUUCUCGCCCCUCCGGAGACGUACAGGGAUUCCGCGGGGCGGGAAGAAGACAGGAGGGGGCGCAGUGGAGCCCUCAGCACAAAGCCAUAGUCGUCUUAAUUCUUUCCAUCUUGGGUACAACCAGAUUUCACAAUUUUUUGGACCGGAGAACUGCAUCGAGCCUGGGGCUGGCUGGAAUGGCAGGCCCCUCACUCUUGUAUAGCACGGGGUGGCGUGGACCUCUUGAGAAUUUUACGCAGCGGAGAGGAGCUUUUUGACGUUUGACAAGUCAGCCAGACGACCAUAGGUGUGUACAUAGGACCAAGGACAGGUGUGUGUGUGUGUGCGUGCGUGUGCACACGCAGGAACGCGUUGGGUGACGGAGCUUCCGAUGGCGAAGGUAAAGAUGGGAUUACUCGCAGGGCUGCCGUUUGCUUGGAUCUCUUCAGCCCUCGUAUGGGGCAGGCGGAACGCAACGUUUAAACUCGGGAAUGGCGAGAGCUUCCAGGUCCUCGUGAUCCCAACAGUUCCUGCAUCUACCUCUGCUGCUGGCAGAAGGACCUGGACUGACGCAGUGCACAGACCGAGGGUGUCCCCCCCCCCCCCCCCCACACCUAGUAUACUGCCUGCAGGUUGCAACCUGAAUGAGUUCAUUAUUGUUAUUAAUAUUAUUAUUACUGAAAGGGAAAGAGGAUUCACCGUGUAUUUUUAUUUUUUUUCCGCAGUUUUUCCAGUUUGAUAAUUUGACAUCCCAAGUUUUAUUUUGUCUGUUUAAAAAAAAUAGAGGACUCAAAGCCAACUACAGUCUCUAGCGCUGUAGUGUUGUGCUAUGGUAGUUCUGCUGUAGAGGUUUGCGAAUCCUGCUGGUUUUUAUUUUUUGUUUAAUAUUUUGAUAUGUUUGUGUUUUCCUAGUUGGUUCCUUCUGGGUAAGAAAUCAUAAGCUCACAAUUUAUGGGUAUAUACAUUAUUCCUGAUAGGCCAAUAGUUGCAGGUAUUCCUCCAUUUAUGAACACUUACAAUACAUUAAUUUGUGCUACAAUGUUUUCAAAUUAGGUAUUUGUUUUCUGCUAUGUGGAGUUCACUUUCAAGGACUACUUUGGUACAAACGCAAAGACGGGGGUUUUAUAAAAUGAUGCCAUGAAGGUAAUUUGGUAGUCUCUUAAAGUAAAGUCAACUCCUUAUGCAUAUAUUGCAUGCAAAUUCACGAUCUGAAAGCCCAUCAUUGUGAAGUUUAAUCAGGAAAUGUUUCACGCAGUAUUGUUUGCGUUUCAGCAUCGUUAAUUUCUUUUUUUCAUAGCACGGGGUGAUUUUUUCAACAGCAAUCACACUACUUGGCAUUUGAAUAAUCAAAACUUCACAUAGGCUUAUUUCUGACAAAAAUAUUGUUUCUGAGUAGGAAAAUAUCAAACAUCCACAUGGUUGAUGCGCGCAUAUCCUUAAAAUAGUUUUGAACGCACUUGGCCGUUGCAAAAUCUUUCUACUACACAAAUGUAAAGCCAUGUUCUAGAUGUGUUGGUUACAGCAAUUGGCCAUACUGGUCCUCUUCCAGUUAAUUCAUUAGCUAUUCUAGCUCUCAAUCUGUGACUGGUCUUCCAUCGGGCAGAGGGGCUUGGUAGAUUGAACUCCGUUAGCAAGGAAAUUGAGUUAUUUUACGCAUUCUUGUGGGAAAAGGUGUGAUGGUAUGUGUGAGUGUAGGAUUGGCUGUACAUAGCAUGGUACCCGGGGGUAAUCUAAAGAGCAGUCCUGAAUCCAGAUCCCCAGUUAAGUUUGGAGGGCUAGAUUGUUUCACACUUGGUAGUAGUACUUUUAUUGCAGUAUUGGACAAACCAUAUACAUUUAGCUAUAUAUAACUAAAUUAGUUUGAGUAAUGCCACAAUUAGGCAUGGUAAGAGGUGCCUUCAUACACCCUGGUGAAGGCUCUGUCUGCGGAAAUGAUGGUCCUUCAUUAAUAAACAAGGAACCUUGGAGCAUCAACAAUAUGCAGCUUCUGUUGUCUUUUCCUUUAUCAGCAGCUGGCUUUUUUAUUUUUUUCCCUCACUAGUGCCUGCAGAUAUAUGGCUCCUUGAUACAUUUAAGAAGUGCACCACCCAGUUUUUGAAAGGGGUGACUUUUUACUCAUCUUUUUUUGUAUGUAACCCUUUGUAAAUAGAGGAAUACCUGUAAAUACCUGAACUUGUGCUAAGGGUAGUGUGGCCUUGUGGUUACACCGGCAGUUGGUAAGUCGCACCUCGUUGUGAAUUCUCUGGAUGGUGAUAACAUGCAGCCCACAUACACGUGUGUGCGCACAUGCACACGCACAUGCACACACACGCACACACACUCAUCGCCCACUGCACCUGCCCCAGCUCUGCACCCUGAUGUCCUGGCUGUCUGAGGCCCUCACUCUGAACUGAAUGGCCAGUACAUGGCUUGUGUUUAUUGUUGAUUUUGGAGCAAAUUUUAUAAAGGCUUUUUUAAUCUUUUUAUUUCUUUUUAUUUUUCAUGUUUUCUAUGUACCCCCAAUAAAGAAUGUUAUGAUCAGUGCUA